AUAAAACUCUCUCGUUUGCUCAGUGAGUCUUUCUGUCUGAAAAUUGUUGAAUAGUUUUUGUCUUCUCAGCUGUUUCGUCUUCGUCUUGUAAGAGGAAGCUUGUUCUUCUAGACUCCUUCUCUGAAAUUCUUCGCCAUGGUUGGAGGAGGAAGUGCACAGAAGCUUACUACAAAUGACGCGCUUGCAUACCUUAAAGCCGUGAAGGAUAAAUUUCAGGAUCAACGUGAAAAAUAUGACGAGUUUCUUGAGGUCAUGAAGAAUUUUAAGUCUCAGCGAGUUGAUACAGCUGGUGUCAUAACAAGAGUAAAAGAACUUUUCAAAGGACACCAAGAGUUGAUAUUGGGUUUCAAUACCUUCUUGCCAAAGGGUUUUGAGAUUACACUCCAACCUGAAGAUGGACAACCUCCACUGAAGAAACGCGUUGAGUUUGAGGAAGCAAUUAGUUUUGUUAACAAGAUUAAGACAAGGUUUCAGGGCGAUGAUCAUGUAUACAAAUCAUUUUUAGACAUUUUAAACAUGUACAGAAAGGAUAGCAAGUCCAUAACUGAAGUCUACCAGGAGGUUGCCGUCCUAUUUCGGGAUCAUACGGAUUUGCUUGUAGAGUUUACUCACUUUCUGCCUGAUACUUCAGCAGCACCCUCUAUUCAUUCUGUGAAAACUUCAGCUCGCGACAGAGGGAUGUCUCUGCCUGAUAAGAAGGACCGGAUCAUUACUCCACAUCCUGACCAUGACUAUGGUACUGAACAUAUGGACCGGGAGAGACCUAUGAAGAAAGAAAAUAAAGAACACAUGAGAGGUAAUAACAACGAAAAUGAGCAUAGGGAUGUCAGAGAUUUCGAACCUGAUAGCAAAAAAGAGCAGUUUCUCAACAAGAAGCAGAAAAUACAUAUUAGAGGCGAUGAUUCUGCUGAAAUUUCCAAUCAAGUCAGGGAAGGAAAUAAAUUUUCUGGAGCGGUUCCUAGUUCAUCUACUUAUGAUGAAAAAGGUGCCAUGAAAAGUUACAGUCAAGAUCUAGCUAUUGUCGAUAGAGUAAAGGAAAAGCUUAAUGCCUCCGAGUACCAGGAGUUUUUACGUUGCCUUAAUCUCUUUUCGAAAGAAAUAAUCAGCCGACCAGAAUUACAAUCUUUGGUAGGAAAUCUAAUUGGAGUAUAUCCUGACCUCAUGGAUUCUUUUAUAGAGUUUUUGGUGCAAUGCGAAAAGACUGAAGGACUGCUCUCUGGUAUUCUGACUAAGAAAUCCUUGUGGAGUGAAGGGAAAUAUCCUCAACCGUCACUGGAAAAUGAUAGAGACCAGGAACAUAAGAGAGAUGACGGGUUUAGAGACAGAGAUCAUGAUAAGGAAAGGCUUGAAAAAGCAGCUGCAAAUCUGAAAUGGGCAAAGCCAAUCAGUGAACUAGAUCUCUCGAACUGUGAACAAUGCACUCCUAGUUAUCGGUUACUUCCAAAGAAUUACCCAAUUUCUAUUGCAAGCCAGAAGACAGAGCUCGGUAAACUGGUUCUUAACGAUCACUGGGUCUCCGUCACAUCAGGAAGUGAAGAUUAUUCAUUUAGCCACAUGCGUAAGAACCAGUAUGAAGAGAGCCUCUUCAAAUGUGAAGAUGACAGGUUUGAGCUAGAUAUGCUAUUAGAGUCUGUGAAUUCAACUACAAAGCAUGUGGAAGAAUUACUGGCAAAGAUUAACAGUAAUGAACUGAAAACCAACAGCCCCAUCCGUGUCGAGGAUCACCUCACAGCUCUAAACCUAAGAUGCAUUGAACGUUUAUAUGGUGAUCACGGGCUCGAUGUGAUGGAUGUGUUGAAGAAGAACGUGUCUCUUGCAUUACCUGUUAUCCUAACACGUUUGAAACAGAAGCAAGAAGAGUGGGCAAGGUGUCGUUCUGAUUUUGACAAAGUCUGGGCUGACAUAUAUGCUAAGAAUUACUACAAAUCGCUUGAUCAUCGAAGUUUCUACUUCAAACAGCAGGAUUCGAAGAGUCUCAGCAUGAAAGCAUUGUUGGCAGAGAUAAAAGACAUUACUGAAAAGAAGCGAGAGGAUGAUUCACUUCUUGCAUUUGCAGCGGGAAAUAGACUAUCCAUUUCCCCAAAUUUGGAGUUUGAUUAUCCAGAUCCUGACCUUCAUGAAGAUCUCUACCAGCUGAUCAAAUAUUCGUGUGCAGAAAUGUGCUCUACUGAACAGUUAGAUAAGGUAAUGAAGAUUUGGACAACCUUCGUGGAACAAAUAUUUGGUGUUCCUUCUCGCCCUCAAGGUGCUGAAGACCAGGAAGACGUUGUCAAGUCCAUAAACCAGAAUGUAAAAAGCGGUAGUUCAAGUGCUGGCGAGAGCGAGGGAAGUCCUCACAAUUACGCUAGUGUUGCCGACUCUAGACGCUCAAAUACAUCUCAAAAAGCUAAUGAACAUAAUCAGUUGGGGCUACCUAGUAAUUCGGUGAGGAAUGGCGCUGCUGUUAGGACUUCAGAUGCCUUAUGUGAGACUGCUCAGCAUGAGAAAAUGCUGAAGAAUGUAGUUACGUCUGGUGAAAAGCCUGAAAGCAAACAAGCUGUUUCUAUUGAGCAUGUACACGAUUCAACUGCUCUCGCUGUGGAUGGAUUAUUAGACCAAAGUAAUGGAGGAAGCAGUAUAGUACACAUGACCGGACAUAACAAUAAUAAUCUGAAGCCUGUGACCUGUGGAACAGAGUUGGAGUUGAAGAUGGAUAAUGGAAAUGGGCCAAAAUUAGAGGUUGGUAACAAGAGAUUAUUGUCAAAUGGGAUCUCGGUAGAAAUAACAAGUACCCAAGAGUUGGCAGGGAAUUCCAAAGUUGAAAGAGAAGAAGGUGAACUUUCUCCCAAUGGAGACUUUGAGGAAGAUAAUUUUGCAGUUUAUGAAAAAACUGGUUUGGAGACCACCAGCAAAGCGAAUGAUAAUACUGGAAAUAACAUUAUCGGAGAUAGAAGUAGAGAAGGGGAACCUUCUUGUCUGGAGACAGGGGCUGAGAAUGAUGCUGAAGGUGACGAAAACGCCGCAAGAUCAUCAGAGGACAGCAGAAAUGCAUAUGAGAACGGUGAUGUUUCUGGAACGGAGUCUGGUGGUGGUGAAGGUCCGGAGGAUGAUUUGGAUCGCAAUAGUAAGGGAGAUAGCGAAUGCGAGGCUGAAGGUAUGGCUGAUGCACAUGAUGCUGAAGAAGAUGGGUCUGCCUUACCCUUUUCAGCACGAUUCUUACUGCAUGUAAAGCCCUUAGCAAAGUAUGUUCCUUCAACUAUAGCUUUGCAUGACAAGGACAAAGACUCUCUGAAAAACUCCCAAGUCUUUUAUGGAAAUGAUUCGUUUUACGUGCUUUUCAGGCUGCACCGGAUAUUGUACGAGAGAAUACUAUCAGCAAAAGUUAACUCAUCAUCCCCGGAAGGAAAGUGGAGGACCUCAAAUACCAAAAAUCCUACUGAUUCCUAUGCCAGAUUCAUGACUGCUCUCUACAACUUACUUGAUGGUACAUCUGAUAAUGCCAAGUUUGAAGAUGACUGCCGAGCGAUAAUCGGGACUCAGUCGUAUAUUCUCUUCACAUUGGACAAACUGAUCCAUAAAUUCAUCAAGCAUCUCCAAGGAGUAGCAGCUGAUGAGAUGGACAACAAACUUCUGCAGCUUCAUGCAUAUGAGAAAUCCAGAAGGCCUGAAACGAUUUUUGAUGCUGUUUAUUACGAUAAUGCCCGUGUCCUUCUUCCCGAUGAGAAUAUUUACCGUAUUGAAUGUAGAUUAUCAACCCCAGCCAAACUCUCAAUUCAGCUUAUGUGCAACGGCCUUGAUAAGCCCGAUGUGACAUCUGUAUCCAUUGACCCGACCUUUGCAGCUUAUCUCCACAAUGACUUCCUCUCCAUACAAUCGAAUGCAAGGGAGGAUCGCAGAAUCUAUUUAAAUAGGAACAAGCGCAAAGUUUGUGGUAAAGAUGAACAGUUAUACAGCACAGAUGGUGUUAAGAUUAAAAAUGGGUUGGAGUGUAAGAUAGCAUGCGGUUCUUCAAAGGUCUCCUAUGUAUUAGAAACAGAAGAUUUGUUGGUGCGAGUUAAAAAGAGAAGAAAAACUGUGUGCUACAAUGAGCAUUCUUGGGUAUGGCAAAUGAGAGAAAUUCUAAAAGCAAAUCGGAGAGUUCCGGCGAUGGCGUUAUCACGACUGUCUUCGCGAUCCAACACUUUCCUAAAGCCGGCGAUCACCGCUUUACCAUCCUCCAUCCGCCGUCAUGUUUCCACAGAUUCAUCACCAAUCACAAUCGAAACCGCUGUCCCUUUCACAUCGCAUCUAUGUGAAUCGCCGUCACGCUCCGUUGAGACUUCAUCGGAGGAGAUCUUAGCCUUUUUCCGUGACAUGGCUCGGAUGAGGAGGAUGGAGAUCGCAGCAGAUUCUCUUUACAAGGCUAAGCUGAUCCGUGGAUUCUGCCAUUUGUACGAUGGUCAAGAGGCUUUAGCGGUGGGAAUGGAAGCGGCGAUUACCAAAAAAGAUGCGAUUAUUACAUCGUAUCGUGAUCACUGUACUUUCAUUGGUCGUGGUGGGAAGCUUGUUGAUGCUUUCUCUGAGCUUAUGGGAAGAAAAACUGGUUGUUCUCAUGGUAAAGGAGGAUCUAUGCAUUUCUAUAAGAAAGAUGCUUCCUUUUAUGGUGGACAUGGGAUUGUUGGUGCUCAGAUUCCAUUGGGAUGUGGUUUGGCUUUUGCUCAGAAGUAUAAUAAGGAUGAGGCUGUGACUUUUGCUUUGUAUGGUGAUGGUGCUGCGAAUCAAGGACAGUUAUUUGAGGCUUUGAACAUUUCGGCUUUAUGGGAUUUGCCUGCGAUUCUUGUUUGCGAGAAUAACCAUUAUGGAAUGGGAACGGCUACAUGGAGGUCGGCCAAGUCUCCGGCUUAUUUCAAGCGUGGAGAUUAUGUUCCUGGCUUGAAGGUGGAUGGUAUGGAUGCACUGGCUGUGAAACAGGCGUGCAAGUUUGCCAAGGAGCAUGCUCUCAAGAAUGGACCUAUUAUACUUGAGAUGGACACUUACAGAUACCACGGUCACUCUAUGUCUGACCCAGGAAGCACCUACCGUACUCGUGAUGAAAUCUCUGGCGUGAGACAGGUGCGUGAUCCAAUUGAAAGGGUGAGAAAGUUGCUCUUAUCUCAUGACAUAGCUACAGAAAAAGAGCUUAAGGACAUGGAGAAAGAGAUAAGGAAAGAAGUAGAUGACGCCGUAGCUCAGGCUAAGGAGAGCCCUGUACCAGAUGCAUCUGAGCUAUUCACAAACAUGUACGUGAAAGACUGCGGAGUUGAGUCAUUUGGAGCAGACAGAAAAGAACUCAAAGUAACACUUCCAUAAAUCAUUGCUUCCCAAGGAGAUGAUGGUUCAAUAAAUCAAAAGGCAAGGC